ACGAUUUAGUUGUUUUUAUCUACCCUUUUGCUACUAUUAGCUUUCAGUUAGUAUUUUGCUACUUUUAUCUAUCCUGUUACAAUUUAUAGCUUUUGUAGCUUUAGCCAGUGGUUUUUAAUACCUUUAACUAAAAAGGUAUGUAUUUUCUAAUUGUUAUGUGUUGACAUGGUGGCCAUCAUCGCUCACGAGGACCCAGAAUCCCUUGCUGCUCCGCACUGACAGGCCUCUGCGUGCCUCUGACGUCCAGUCGGUCCAGUUCAGUCCGGCUCUGAGGACAGGAGACCGAUGGAGGACGGAAUGCCGACAGCCGGAGCUCCUCUCUGUGUCCGCGGCAGGAGAAAACAGGAGAGCCUGGUUCCGGGACUGGACCGGAGCACCGCUGUGGAGUCGCGGCCCACAACAAGCAGCAGCAGGCCCGCCUCCUCCCUCCUCUCACCGCCUCCCUCCCUCGCCGCCUCCGAAUAAAACCGAACGCUUUCCGCGAAUGUGCGAUCUCCCUUCUCGCCAGCAGCCAUAAUUGGGAUUAUUCAGGAAUAAUUCGCCUGAUCCUGCCGUGCUGCUUUUCUUUUUUUUUAGGGGGGGCUAACGUUUUUAUUUUUCUUUUCAUUUUUUUUGUUUUUAUUAUUUAUUUUUGUAUUUAAACGUGACUUAGACGCGGCUCCUGCGUGGUGGGUUUUUUUUUUUCUUUGCUGGGAUUUUUUUAUGUGCUUUGGUUUCCUCAUACAUUUCAUCUGUCAUGGAGGCUYUUAUUGUGGACCAUUAAGAUGUAGUCCACCUUAGCAAGGCGGCAGCCAAACAAAGACUGCAGACUGACAGUGCAGGCUAAAAAUGCACGGCGUUUUAUUAUUCUUAUUCUUAUUAUUUCUUCUGCUUUUGACUGAAAGAUGGGAAAUAGAGACGCCGUCUGUCCUGAUGGCCAUCGCACACGCCAAGACAGUUCUUUUAGAGGAUUUUUUUUCUUCCUCUCUGAUUGUGGGUGGGUUAUUCGCAAUUAAAUUUUUCUGGAGGCUGGUCGACGUGAUGCAACAUAAAAAUCUGUUUUCUCGGAUGAUAUUCAAAUGAAGGGAAGCUGUAAAAAGGGUGGCGGUGGACGCAUGUUUUUCCCUCCCGCUCCUCUUUAUAACACGUCCUUUGAACGGGACUCGGCAGCAGCCAGGGCUCCUCGGAUUGUUCGAUCAGCUGUUGAUUAUUCAUGUUUCUUACAUGUUCGUCCGUCCGAUCGCCUCCGCCGAUGGAUUUUGUGCAGAACAGGUGUUGUUUGAGCCUGAGAGAGCACCGAGAGGAGCGGGGAGCCCGGUUAUGUGUCUUUCUGUCGGUCUAACGAGCUGUGAAACAAAGCAAACUGGGAUMAUUUAGUUUGUUUUUUGACCGUGAAAUAAGAGCAGAAACCAAAGAAUGAAGGAAUGAAAGGUGGUGAGGCCGUGGACAAAGAGGGGAGGAUGAUUCGCUCGUGUAGAAACGAUCAGCACGGCCUCUCCUUGUAGAGACGAGGGAGCCGCGGGGAGRCGACGGCUGUAGGAGGGUAGCAACUGUGUUGGAAAAAAAGGGGCCGGCCCCCGAUCGGCCAGGUUCUCGCGGAAGGUGGUAGAAUGGCGAAUCAGAGCUUUGCCAUCGACGGUCCUGGCAGUUUACUGGCUGUGCUGGCCUCCCAGAGCGGACUGUCGAAAGGCGGCGGCGGCAGCGGCGGCGACAGCAGCACUGGAGGAAUCUCGGCCACAGAUGUGUCUGCCUACUUUAAGCUGGUCUUCUUGGGGUUGAUCAUCUGUGUCAGCCUGGUGGGCAACCUCCUGGUGUCCAUGCUGGUUCUGCGAGACAGGACGCUUCACAAGGCUCCUUACUUCUUUCUUUUGGACCUGUGCCUGGCCGACGCAGUCCGCUCCGCCGCCUGCUUCCCCUUCGUSCUGGUGUCUGUCCACAACAGCUCGGCCUGGACUUACAGUAACCUGAGUUGUAAGGUUGUAGCUUUCAUGGCCGUCCUGUUCUGUUUCCACGCUGCCUUUAUGCUGUUCUGCGUGGCUGUCACCCGCUACCUUGCCAUCGCCCACCACCGCUUCUACGCCAAACGCAUGACCAUCUGGACCUGUGCUGCCAUCAUCUGCAUGGUGUGGACUCUGGCCGUGGCCAUGGCGUUCCCGCCCGUCUUCGACGUGGGAACGUACAAGUUCAUCCGCGACGAGGACCAGUGCAUUUUCGAACACCGCUACCUGAAGACCAACGACACCCUGGGUUUCAUGCUCAUGCUGGCCGUGGUGGUCCUGGCCACCCACGGCUUCUACGCCAAGCUCCUGCUCUUCGAGUACAGACACCGCAAGAUGAAACCCGUCCAACUGGUGCCGGCGAUCAGCCAGAACUGGACCUUCCACGGUCCCGGGGCCACGGGCCAAGCCGCGGCCAACUGGAUCGCUGGAUUCGGUCGCGGUCCCAUGCCCCCAACUCUGCUGGGCAUCAGGCAGAAUUUACACAAUCAGCACCGGCGGCUGCUCGGCAUGGAGGAGGUGAGGUCAGAGAGGAGGCUGGGCAGGAUGUUCUACACCAUCACCCUGCUGUUCCUCAUCCUCUGGGCGCCGUACAUCGUGGCGUGCUUCUGGAGGGUGUUUGUCAAGUUCUGCUCCAUCCCCCAACAGUACCUGUCCAUCACCGUGUGGAUGAGCUUCGCCCAGGCCGGCGUCAACCCCAUCUUCUGCCUCCUGCUCAACGAGGACCUGAGGAAGGUGCUGAGAGCCCACCUGCCCACUUACUGGAGGACUAAACAACACCUGCCCCAGGACGAGGCCUACUGCAUAAUGUGAGAAAUUAAAUCAAAUAAAUAAAACGAGGUCAAUGCAAAGAAUGUUUCUAGAUUUAAAGUGAAGCUAACAGAGCUGAAGUGUAAGGAGCACUUGGAAUAAGUCAGUGUCUGAUUUGUUGUUUUUGCGCAACAAAAUCCAAUUUAAGAAUCUAAGAAAUUCAGGCACAGUUUGAAGAAUGUUGAUUUAAAAGGUGCAAAGGUUUGGAGCAGGGCAAUAGAGAACCUUACUCCCCCCAACUGGUAACACUUGUAAUACUGAUCCAGUACUGUAUCGAGAUGUUGGAAAAGAUCCCUCACCCCAGUUCCGUACGACAGAUGCCAUUUUAAAAUAACGUUGCCUUAUUUUAGACGGACCCGCUGCAGAACUUUGAGCCUAGAGCUAGUAUGCGUCAACGGUAAUGCUCUGACCAGAAACCGACUUGAAGAAACGUGCCGUGGACUAUGAAUAGGGCGGGGAGGGGGGACUGAUCAGAGCUUUACUAACUCUGAAACACAUCAAAGAACUCAAAGGGUCUGAAUAGAGCGACACACUCUAGACACCUUUUCAUGUAAUUCAAAGAAGACUGUCAGGAUAUUAGGUGGACCCAAUAACCUUGGACACAUUUAAAUAGCUGUUGUGAACCCAGAAGCCCCUAACAUGCUUGAUUUUUUUUCUUCUUUUUUCAAACUUAUAGGGCGUGUCAGGUUUCUUUGUAACAUAAAAAGGGGGGCAAAAAAAGAAGGAAAAAAAAGCCUGUUUUGCUUUAUUUGUAAACAAUACAUGUUAAGCAGAUGACACUAUUUUGAAAUAUGACUUGAUUUCAUAUUGUACAGACUGUACAGGAAUGACCAUUCCUGCUUGUGUGUUUUUAUAUAGCAUUUGUGUGUAUGUGUGCGCGCUGAGAGAGAGAGAGGAAAAGGUAAGAGAGAAGAAAAAAGAAAAAGGGGGAGAGAGGCAGGACGAGUCAGACAGAAAUAACGAUGAUCGAAUAGGUUUCAGUAAAUACCGAGUCAAAAUGAAAACCACAUUUCGUUGUCUCCAAAUCCAGCAAAACUGAGCAAUCAUCAUUUGGAAAUUAGAUCUUUCAGUGGAUUUCUGCGACCGGGAAAAGGGGUUACGAUUCUCUUUUUUUAAUAUAAAAUGCUAAUGUGCAAGUUAAUGUGAAAAACAGSGAAGAAGGAGGGAUUCGUUUUACUAUUUGUACAUUGCAAACAGGCUAUAGGAUUUAAUGACUUGAAUAAUGAUGUAUGUAUAUUACAUCAUCUUAAAAAGAGUAUUAAAAAGUGUACAUUUAUUAAUGGUUUUGGGGAAUGUUUGAAACCACUGGACUGUUAAUGUCUGCUUAUCUCAGAACUUUAAAGAGGACAUGACGUGGCCCCCUUUUGAGAUGAAGGAACCUCUGACGUUACCCCGGCCCUCUUAUAUUUCUGCUCAAUUUGAAAAUGUCACCGUUUCUGAGUGUCCAGAUCACAGUAACGUUUCUCCAAAUCAAAGCAACUUCAGGCUGUGUGGAUCCCCCACCCCCCACCCCUGACUCAAUCAGCGCACUCCAAAUUAAGAUUCCUGUGAUGUCUGACCUUCGGUACGUUAGGCAUAUAGAUAUAUAUUUGUGCAGUCAGUUUUCUAAAUGUGGACACUUGCACAGCAAACUGUUCCAGCAUGCAUUCCACUGCGUUUCAUAGAUCCAAGACUUGGGUUCCACAACUUGUACAGAUGCUGCGGGAAAGACGAAGCGACACGCGAACUGGGGUCCAUGAUUUGAUUUUCGAUUUGAUUAUUAUUUUUUGUGUUAGGCAUUCCUUUUUGCGAGAUGAUUUUCUGUGACUGUACAGUUUAACUGAGGUGGUUCUUUUGCCCACUCAUCAAUAAAGACUCUACUUUUGA